GCGUGAGGAGAAAGCGGAGGCGGAGGCGGCAGCAGCGCGAAGGAAGGAAGGAAGGAAGGAAGGAAGAAGGAGCCAGCCUGAGGGCCGAGGCCGGGGCGCGCGGAGCGUGGAGCCAGCCCAGCCUAGCCCGUUCGCCAGCGCGGCCCCUCGCCUCAGCUCGCAGGCCUCUCCUUGGGACGGCGGCGGAAGCGAGGCCCGUUGGAGGCGGGGCCAGGGGCGGCCGUGGCGGGGCGGGCGCCCAAAUUGAGGCCGGGGAUCGCGCGCGGCCUACUGCGGGGCCUGGCCCGCCCCUCGCCGCCGGGCUCGGCCUGGCUCGGCGCCGCGCUUUCGCCUCGCCUGCUUCCGCUGCUGCUGCUGCCGCUGCCACCAGUCCGAGACGGAGCGCGGAGUUAGAAUGGAACAGACUGAAGAAGGCCCUAUGAGAAAAAGGGAAAGCUAAGGAUGCUGGAGCAGAACAAUGGAUUUCUCCUUCUCUUUCAUGCAAGGGAUCAUGGGAAACACAAUUCAGCAACCACCUCAACUCAUUGACUCGGCUAACAACCGCCAGGAGGAUGCUUUUGAUGCCGGCAGCGACAUCACGGAAGAUGGCAGGCAGACGCCCUACGAAGCGGCGCUCUCCUUGCAGCAAGGCUUUCAGUAUCCCACGCCAACCACGGAGGACCUCCCACCCCUCAUUAAUGGAUUCCCACCAAUCAGCAUGUACGAGCCCCAAGCCAAAUAUCAGUCCUACAGUCAGUAUCCCAACGGCUCGGCCAACGGCUUUGGCUCAGUUAGAAACUUUAGUCCACCUGAGUAUUAUCAAAUGGAGAACUCUAACUUGAGGCCGCACGACAUCCUGGAGAAGCAGUCUCCUCCCCAGCCUCCGCCUCCUCCGGUAUCCCAAACGGUGGUCCCAAAGAAGACUGGCUCCCCAGAAAUCAAAUUAAAAAUAACCAAAACUAUUCAGAACGGCAGGGAAUUGUUCGAGUCCUCUCUGUGCGGGGACCUUUUAAAUGAAGUACAAGCGAGUGAGUAUGCGAAGCCGAAACAUGAAGGGAGAAAAGAGAAAAGGAAAAAGAGCAACAAACACGACGCCUCCCACUCGGAAGAGCGCAAAUCUCAUAAAAUUCCAAAACUAGAGCCAGAGGAACAAAAUAGACCAAAUGAAAGAAUUAGCAACGUACCUGAAAGACCAAGGGAAGAACCAAUAGUGUUGGAUGAAACUCCGGUACAGGAAGCCUCCCCUUCUCCCCCAACACAAGUCGUGAGCGACGUCACGUUUGAGGUGGGAGAUCUUGUCUGGUCCAAAGUGGGGACGUAUCCAUGGUGGCCCUGUAUGGUUUCAAGAGACCCACAACUUGAGGUUCAUACCAAAAUCAACACAAGAGGUGCCCGGGAAUAUCAUGUUCAGUUCUUCAGCAACCAGCCUGAAAGGGCCUGGGUACAUGAAAAGCGGGUACGAGAGUACAAAGGACGCAAACAGUAUGAUCAGUUGGUGGCAGAAGCUACGAAGCAAGCCAACCACUCCGAAAAACAAAAGAUCCGCAAACCAAGGCCACAGAGAGAGCGGGCGCAGUGGGAUAUUGGCAUUGCCCAUGCUGAGAAAGCGUUGAAAAUGAGCCGGGAGGAGAGGAUAGAACAGUACACCUUCAUCUACGUCGAUAAAGAGCCCGAGGAAACUCUGUCAAAGACCAGGAGGACUGUUGUGCCAAAGAUGGAGGCUAGAAAGAACCGGCGCUCGAAGCCAUCGCCUAGCCCCCAGCCAGAACCGGCCAGCGAGCCUUCUCCAGCUUCCUCUCCGUCCAAUAUCGAGGUGCGGAGGCACAGUCAGAGGCGGCAAUCCAGUGUGGAAGAAGAGCCGCCUCCGGUGAAAAUAGCGUGGAAGACCGCUGCGGCCAGGAAAUCCUUACCGGCCUCCAUAACCAUGCACCAGGGCACCUUGGACCUUCAGAAAUGUAAUAUGUCUCCAGUUGUUAAAAUUGAACAAGUUUUUGCUCUUCAGAAUGCUGCUGGGAAUGGAAAGUUCAUUGAUCAGUUUGUUUACUCGACCAAGGGUUUAGGAAGCAAACCAGAAAUAAUAAUCAAGGGGCAUGACAAACUUACUUCGGUCUCAAGCCAGAGAAACGAGAGAGCCUCUUCGCAGAGGUCGCCAUCUCCGGAGACAUCUUCUGGGUUGGCAAGUUCUGUAGAAAAGAAGCAACAGCGACGAUCAAUAAGAACUCGCUCAGAGUCUGAGAAAUCCACUGAAGUUGUGCCAAAGAAGAAGAUCAAAAAGGAGCAGGUAGAAACAGCCCCACAGACAGCAAUGAAGACGGGAUUACAGAAAGGUGCCAGUGAGAUUUCAGAUUCUUGUAAGCCUUUAAAGAAACGGAGCCGUGCCUCAACAGAUGUGGAACUGACGAGUUCGGCAUACAGAGAUACUUCGGAUUCUGAUUCAAGAGGGCUGAAUGAUCUACAGGGUAGCUUUGGAAAGCAGUCGGACAGUCCGUCAGCGGCGGCAGACGCAGAUGCUUCCGAUGUACAGUCUGUGGACUCAAGUUUAUCCAGAAGAGGUUCUGGGACAAGUAAGAAAGACAGCAUUUGUCAGAUUUGCGAAAGUUCUGGCGAAUCCCUGAUAUCUUGUGAAGGCGAGUGCUACCGAGUCUUCCAUACCGAAUGCUUAGGCCUGAGCUCACAGCCUGAUGGGAAGUUCAUCUGUGCAGAGUGCAAAAAUGGGCAGCACACGUGCUUUUCCUGCAAGCUCCCGGGCAAAGACGUGAAGCGCUGCUCUGUCAACGCCUGUGGCAAAUUCUACCACGAAGCCUGUGUGCGCAAGUUUGCCACCACCGUCUUUGAGUCCCGGGGAUUCCGUUGCCCGCAGCACUGCUGCACAUCCUGCUCGGUAGACAAGGACAUUCAUAAAGCAAGCAAAGGUCGCAUGGUGAGAUGUUUGAGGUGCCCCAUUGCCUAUCACUCGGGAGAUGGCUGUAUUGCUGCGGGAAGUUUGUUUGUGUCAUCCCACAUUCUCAUCUGUAGUAACCAUUCCAAAAGGAGCCAUCACUCUUCAUCAGCUGUAAAUGUAGGCUUUUGUUUCGUUUGUGCAAGAGGGCUGAUAGUGCAGGAUCAUUCAGACCCCCUGUUCAGUUCAUAUGCCAAUAAGUCCCACUACCUACUGAAUGAAUCAAAUCGUGCUGAGUUGAUGAAAUUACCUAUGAUUCCUCCUUCUUCGUCAGCUUCCAAAAAGAAAUGUGAGAAAGGUGGGAAACUGUUGUGCUGUGAAUCAUGCCCAGCGUCCUUCCACCCGGAAUGUCUUCACAUAGAGAUGCCAAACGGCUCCUGGAAUUGCAAUGACUGUAAAGCUGGCAAGAAGCUGCGAUACAAGCAGAUUGUGUGGGUCAAGCUUGGAAAUUACAGGUGGUGGCCAGCUGAGAUCUGCAACCCCAGGUCGGUUCCUCUCAACAUACAGGGCCUCAAACACGAUAUCGGGGACUUUCCUGUUUUUUUCUUUGGUUCACAUGACUACUAUUGGGUACAUCAGGGCAGAGUCUUCCCUUACGUUGAAGGAGACAAAAGCUUUGCGGAAGGGCAAACUAACAUUAACAAGACCUUCAAGAAAGCACUCGAAGAAGCAGCAAAACGCUUCCAGGAACUCAAAGCACAAAGAGAAAGCAAAGAAGCACUUGAGAUUGAGCGGAAUUCCAGAAAGCCGCCGCCCUAUAAACAUAUUAAAUCCAAUAAAGUCGUAGGGAAGGUUCAGAUUCAAGUUGCGGACUUAUCGGAAAUCCCACGGUGCAAUUGCAAGCCGUCGGAUGAGAACCCCUGCGGGCUGGAGUCCGAAUGCCUCAACCGGAUGCUCCAGUACGAGUGCCACCCUCAGGUUUGCCCCGCAGGAGAGCGCUGCCAGAACCAGUGCUUCACCAAAAGGCUCUACCCAGAGGCAGAAAUUAUCAAGACCGACCGACGCGGCUGGGGCCUCCGGACAAAGCGGAACAUUAAAAAGGGUGAAUUUGUCAAUGAGUAUGUGGGUGAAUUAAUUGAUGAGGAGGAAUGUCGGUUGCGGAUCAAACGGGCCCACGAGAACAGCGUGACUAAUUUUUAUAUGUUAACUGUUACCAAGGACCGCAUAAUCGAUGCCGGCCCAAAGGGGAAUUACUCUCGCUUUAUGAACCACAGCUGCCACCCCAACUGUGAGACCCAGAAGUGGACGGUGAACGGGGACGUCCGAGUUGGGCUCUUUGCUGUGUCCGAUAUUCCUGCAGGGAUGGAGUUAACAUUUAACUAUAAUCUGGAUUGCCUGGGGAAUGGCAGGACCGAAUGCCAUUGUGGAGCAGAUAACUGCAGUGGAUUCCUAGGAGUGCGGCCAAAGACGGCAUGUGCAACUGCAAACGAAGAGAAAGCGAAGAAUGCAAAAUUGAAGCAGAAGAAGCGGAAGAUAAAGACCGAGCAGAAGCAGAUGCACGAGGACAACUGUUUCCAGUGUGGAGAUGGGGGUGAAUUGGUCAUGUGUGACAAAAAAGACUGUCCCAAAGCGUACCACCUCCUCUGCCUUAACCUGACGCAGCCACCCUUUGGGAAAUGGGAGUGUCCGUGGCACCAGUGCGAGAUCUGUGGCCACCCGGCCACUUCGUUCUGCGAGUUCUGCCCUCACGCGUAUUGCAAAGAGCAUGAAAAGGGAGCCCUGGUGGCCUCGGCCUUGGAGGGCCGCCCGUGCUGCUCCGAACACAACCCGAAGGCUCCCGUGGCGCCAGAAUACUGGUGCAAGAUCAAGCGCCGGUUGGAACAGCAGAAUCCCGAGGAAGAGGCGAAGGAAUGAACUGGUUUCCCCAAGGCUCCCUCCAAAAGGAAACGCCCCACUCCCUCGGUGGCUAAUCAUUGUGAAUCGAGAUAAUAAUGUGCCAUGGGACCCUCAGACUUGGUGUCUUUAGGACUGCCUCCACAUAGAGCAAGCAGGGACCGUAUGGCCUGGCGUGGCGGUCAGCAGCCUGUGGCGUCCAAGGUGAUCAGAUCCGUUAUCCCGCAACCAUGUCCUUUUGGGCUCUCGGAAAAAGAAGCAUCUUGCAUUGUUUCGUGGUUAGAAGAAGAUACCUUUUUCUGACGUUGGGGUGGGGUGGGGGGGAAGACAUGAUCACGUUCCAAGUAUGUUCUUUCAGUGUAGGAACCAAACAUAGCAAAAAUAUUUAUUUAUUUAAUUUGUCAUGGACUUUUUGAGAGUUUCUGGUCCUAUUGCAGUCGGUGUGUUGAAAAAGGAAUAGCAGCGCCACCAGGUUGUAUCUUACCUGUGUAUCUAUAUCCCCCCCCCCCGUUGCCCCCCAAUACUCCACCCUCCCUUCAAAACGGUUUAGUUUUGGAACUAAGGACAAAAAAGCUUCUCUGCUCACCGUUUGUGGGAGGUGAAUGGAAACUGUAUUUUGGCAAUUGACGGUGAGAUGCUUUCAUUCCAGGACAAGAAUUUAGAGACAGGAAAAUGAUGUAUGUAACCUUACUGAAUGAGGAUACUAGUGCCCAAGGCUCUCUCACAGGAAACUAGGCGGGACCCCCUUACCUUGGAAGCGUAUUGUAUUAGACACUACAUUUCCAACAACUUCAAAAAAGCACUCUCUGCAGGGAACGCCUGAUGUGCAAUGUUUGGAUCCCCAACUUUCUCUCAGGAGAGUCUUCUUUCAAUAGGCUACUCCACGAAUUAGUGCGAUACAACCAUAAGGCAGUAUGAGGUUGUCGCAGGCUUUGCUCAGUGUCCAGUUCAUUUAUGCAUAUGUCACUUUUCCGUUGAGUUUGAGGACGAUGAAGCAGGCAGGUUUAGAAAACAGGACUUUUCUCGUUUGCUGCCAAACUCUUGACUUCACAGUUCGUGCUUUCAAGCUCUUCUCAUUUCUGGGAUCUAAUUGACGCUUACUCUGAGGAUCAUGUACAGAGCAGGAUUUGUAAUUUCCCCAUCAAUAUAGGACCUGAUUAUGACUUAUCUUUACAAUUUUAGAGGCAAAGAUUGGCCUUAGUUUGUGGCACAUGUGUUCAUGUUUCAGUAGCCUUGUUUCCCUGCUCCAUGUUUCUUUCUGUUUUGUGUUUCAGAAGUCUCUGUGUGUUUUGGGUUUUCAUUCUGGGGCUCUGUUACUGAUUUAUUGUUCACUUUGGUCAAAUGGGGUCUCUCCGUUGAAUAAGGAUAGUCAGCCCUCGAAAAGAAUGUUUGCGUAUUUCAGAAACUCUUGUUUGUAGCUCUUCCCAACGCAACAACACAGCACUGAAAUGAUACAUCCUCUGACACUUUCUCCCAGUGAGUACUCUUAGUCUUCCCUGAAUAUUGUAUUCCCUUUUUUAUUAUGAUGGCUCGUAGCUAUGUUAUUAAUCUACGCGUUCAGGCAUAGAUUUGCCAGCGCCAGAAAACAGAGCGCAAUCAGGUAUCUUCUUAAGUUUCCUUGCUUGGGUUUUCUGGCGAGGCCCUUUCGUUUACCUGUUUUAAAUGCUUUGCAAUCUAAGGGGAAAAGAAAGCACGCCUGCUUUUUACCCAAUUUCUAUAUAUGUUUUAAAAUCAUGACACUACAUUUCUCUGAAUCGCCGUCAGAGUCUUUUGCCUUCAGUUCAGGGAUGCAGCCGCUCUUGAAUAUUUCGUAGUUUUGUUGCAUUUUCCUGACAAUAUGUGUUAGCUGGUUGAAGGGCGCUGAGCCCUAAAGGAAGAUGCAAAGGACUGGGUAUAAAACACUGCAUUUUUAUGUAUAUUAAAACCUAGACUUUA